UGAGUUCCUCGCGGUGAAGCACUCUGGUUCAGCUCUACAAGAGGGGAGGAGACUGCAGACACAGCUCCUCACACCAACCUCCUCUAUCUCUACACUUUUAUUUCACCUCCCCCCCUCGGACUUAAACUGCAAGAAACUUUUUGGGCAACUUUUGUAACUUUUCCACAACUUUCUUUUAAAUAAAAAGCACCAGUCGUGGCCCAAACACCCGGUUGCAGCGCAGGAUCCCGCUCGGUCCUCCAUGAAAGACGGAGUGCGGCAGCAGAUUUGGGGAAGAGACGAGAUGUCAGCGACGGUGCUGUCUACUUUCUACGACAUGGACAUGCUUUACAAGCAGGAGAAAAGCAUGAACAUGAACGCCCUCCACAUCAACAGCAUGCUGGAUAAGAAGGCGGUGGGCGCUCCGGUGGCCGCGCUGGGCUCCGGAGGCUCCUUCACGUCGGGAUUUUUCCGCAGAAACUCCACCAGCAACCUGGAGGCGAUGAGUAACGGCAACAAGUACUCGCUGGGCUCCUACGGCAGCUGCAUGAAGGAGAACUCCCCCAGCGGCGGCGGCGGCACGGCGCUCAUGAACAAGGAGAAUAAGUUCCGUGACCGCGCCUACAGCGAGAGCGCGGAGCGGGGCGUGCUGCAACAGAAGCCCGCCUCGCAGAUCAACUCCACCCGCUACAAGACCGAGCUGUGUCGGCCCUUUGAGGAGAACGGCUCGUGCAAAUACGGAGAAAAGUGUCAGUUCGCUCACGGCUACCACGAGCUGCGGAGCCUGACGCGCCACCCGAAGUACAAAACGGAGCCGUGCCGCACCUUCCACACCAUCGGCUUCUGCCCCUACGGUCCCCGGUGCCACUUCAUCCACAACGCAGACGAGCGGCGGCCCGCGCCGCCCGCCAACGCCAACAUGCAGGCGGUGGAGCCCCGCGGCUACAGCCAGAGGGACGGCCUGCCGUCACAGCAGCAGCUCGCCUACAGCCAGAGAGAGAGACCAAAGCUCCACCACAGCCUCAGCUUCUCGGGCUUCUCCACCCAUCACGGACUCGAAUCCCCGCUGCUCGACAGCCCCACGUCCCGGACCCCGCCGCCCCCAACCUCCGCCUCGUCCUGCACCUCCGCCUCCAGCUUUUACGACGACGUCCUGUCGCCCAGCUCCAUGCCCUGCAUCAACAGCGCCUUCUCUUUCCCCGGGCAGGACCUGAAAGCCUUACUGGCCCCGCUGGCCGUGCACACCCCCUACGCGAACAACCACUCCAGCGGUGCCUUCUACGGGAACGCGCCGGGCAGCGUGAGCCUGCAGGCGCUGCGCCGCCUCAGCGAGUCCCCGGUGUUCGAGCCUCCGCCCAGCCCGCCCGACUCGCUCUCAGACCGGGAGAGCUACGCGAGCGGGUCCCUCAGCUCUUCCGGGAGCCUCAGCGGCUCCGAGUCCCCGAUCCUAGACGCUGGAAGGCGUUUGCCAAUCUUCAGCAGGCUGUCGAUUUCUGAUGACUAAAUAAUGUUUGUUUUUCUGCUUGGAUUAUGGACGGCUUGAUUUGAGUGAGGAGGUGCCCGCACCUCCUGCUUCUCGUUUCAGCAGCAGCCACCCUGCUGAUGUGCCUUUAAGCAAGACUUUUGAUUACCCACCAGCUGCAGGGGUGCAGCCCCUGCUCAGACCUCCCUGGAGGGGGGAACAAGAGACCAGUUUCCACUAAAGAUGCACCGAUUGGGCUUUCACACAGCCGAUCCAGAGCUCUAAGCUACCGAUUAUUUUGGUUUUCCUCACUAUUAAGGACACAGAAAAGGAGAAAAGUGCUGCAGGUUCCUUGAUAAAGAGUAGUUCAAAUCCAGCAGACAACAGGAGUUGUUGACCUUUUUUUUUUUUUAGUAAACAGAAUUAGUUUUGAUGCAUUAACUGUAUGGAUCAAAAAUAUCUGGUGUUUUUUUUUUUUUUAUUGUGAUUUUUCAGUAUUUCACCUGCUGAUCACAAGGAAAAUGUUCUGAUUGUGAGCUGUGGCCCCUCUGAUCGGUGCAUCUCUAGUUCCACGAGGAUCAUCUAAGCUUCACUUUAAGUAUCCUUGACCAGGCAUUAGUGUAAUAGUGUUUGUAUGUAUUAUAGCUGUAUUAAAACUUAGUUAGCAAACAGAAGGCAUUCCAUCAGUGCCUUGCCCAUGGGGCUCCUGGCAGCCUCUUUCUCUCUCCCUUUCUAACUGCUCUAUCAGGCAAGCCACACUUUUCCUGGGAUUAGAUGUGUGUAUCAAGACUUGACAAGAAAAAAAAAAAGACUUUAAGCGGUUUCAGAUUUCCUCCCAUCCUGCCAAGAAUAUGCCUUGACUUAAAGUAACACUUUUCUUUUCUUUUUUUUUUUUAAUUCUUCAACUUCCAUUCCAGAUCUGCCGCCUUCUAGCGCCACCCAGUGGUUGGUUUGGUUAGUCUGCAGUAGUUUGUUGCUUGGUUAAAAAGCACUCUUGAGUUGGGCUUGUUUGGGGAAAUCACUGCUGAUGGUUGAAUAUAUAUAUAUCUAUUUUUUUAGCUUUUUUUUUUGAGUGAUUUGCAUAGCAGUGCAUAACUCGCUAUGGACUAUUUAACUUAUUUAUUAUCUUGUGAAAAAAGUAUAGGCUACAUUGGUAAUUUGUCCAUACUGUAUUUAUCAAGUAUGAUGAAGCAAUAGAUCUAUAUUCUUUUAUGUUUAAAUUAUGAUCGCCAUUAUUAAUCUGCAUAAAGUGGAGUGUAUGUUCUUUUCACAGUAAUAUAUAUAUUGUUUUCUCCUUUUUUUUGUUUUGUAACUUCACUUGUUUAUUUUUAUUGUGAGUAAAAAAAAAAAA